CUCACAAUGCCACAACUGUUGUGUCUGUAGAUCGAACUUUUGACAUUUGAAGUCACACAAGAACAGUAGCAACCUUUGGGGCUUCAAUUGUUGUUUCCUCCCUCAAUCUCCAUCUUUCACAGUGACAUGAGGCUUAUGCGUGGGGGCGGGGUCCGAGAAGCUCAGUCUGAGAGAUUAUCAUUGAACUCCACACACACACCAACACACAGACAAUUUAGACUGAUUUGGACCUGGGCUGAGGUUUUAAGCCCUCAGCAGAGGCUUUAAGCGUUGUCAUACGCAUCACCGCACCCCAGUGUGUGCCAGGCAACCAGCGAGGAAACGUGAGGGGAUCAGAGCAUCAGCAUCCUCAUCUCCAGCUCGGAAGCCUUGUGACACAAGCGGAGCUAAGGAGAUGAGAUCUUAGUGGAGCCCAGCCAGUGGAUCAGAUGGAAGGAGAAGCGGCCGGUCGGACCGGAGCCAAAGGAGGAAAGAGAAACGACGGGGUUUGCUCCAGAGAGGAGCGGAAGAGGAGGAAGACGACCGGGAUGGUGGAGGAAGGCGUUCAGCAGAGGCCCCUCGACUCCUCGUCCUCGGUGUCCAGUGUGUCUCACGAUGACCGCAGCUCAGCGGCCAGCGGCCUGGACGUGGCCGACCGCCUGACCUACCUGGAGCAGAGGAUGCAGAUGCAGGAGGAUGAGAUCCAGCUGUUGAAGAUGGCCUUGGCCGACGUCCUCAAGAGGCUGAACAUUUCCGAGGAACAUCAGGCUGCAGCUGCAGCAGCGGGAAGGAGGGCACCGGGCAGCAAAGCCAGGCCGGUGUCUCUGGCUCUGCCCUCUCGACCUUCCGUCAUGACAACGUCCGUGAAGAAGAGCACCACGCUGCCAUCUAGCUCCAGCUCCAGGAACUACAGCCCUACGCCGCCACGCAGCAAUGUGAAGAGUCCCCCGGGAAGUGCGAAGGACAGUCCGAAGACCUCGAAAUCACGACCCUCCUCUUCAGCAUCGACCGCCAAGUCAGUCAAAGAAGGCAGCAGCAGCAGCAAGACUAAAGAGGCUUCGACAAGCCUUGGGACGAGGCGUGUGACACACUGCAAAGUGACUAUGCAGAUCUAUCUGAGCCCCCUCACAAAAAAGACUGGGUCUUCUGAGACGGCCAAACAUGCGGCGACUGUCCCUGCCAACAGAGGACCCUCAGAACCUGCCCAAGUCAAGCCUCAGGUGAAGGAGGCGACCAAGCCGGAGUCCAAGAAGAAAAGCCCAUCUUUUACUUUGAACUUAGAGAAAACCACCACUAAUCGGAGCACACAGCAGGACCCAACCAGCUAUAAAAGCCCGCUUAAAUCCCCCAGCCAGUACUUCCAGAUCUGCUACUGAAUUGAGGGCCGGCAGAUCCAAUUGUUUACAGAUAAUAAUCUCCAUGUUUGUCUGACUUUCAGUGGGCACCUUGAACACAGCGUUGUCUUUCAGAUAAUUGUUGACUUCCCAAUCUCUGUGUUUUAAUGUUCUGUUCCCAUGAAAAUAAAUUUAAAUACCAAACAUGUUCUGUAUCAGAAAGAUCCUCUCAUGAUUCCUCACACUUGACCGAAUGAUUGGCUCAAGCUAGACAUAAACUUAAGCUUGGCAAAAUCAAAUAUAAUUCAACUAUAGCUUCAAGAAAAGUGAAGCACUUUGGUUUUUAAUGUCACAGAAUAAUGUGUGUGGACGAAGAUGACUUUCCCUCAAGUUGGUGUAAAAACACUGUCACGUGGAGCGACGUGUGUUUGAUGCUUUUGUUUAGUUGUCUGUGUAAUACUGUCAACCACCAUUUGCCAGAAUGUUUUUUAAUUGCAGUCGACAAAUAAAAAAUGUUUGGAGACUGUU